ACCCUCCGCGUAAAUUUAGCGUUAUCCCGAUUAAUUUGAGUGUCUCCACAACGUUCCUGACAAAGGACCGGUUUCAACCAGAGGGAAGCACAGAGCAAGAGCGAAGAUUUGACCGUUAGUCUCUGUUUCAUUUCGCAAUAUAUUAUCGGGUUACGAAGGUGAAGCAAGAUUGAACUGUGUUAUGAUAUUGUUCCACUAGUGGUAAUUGCAUUCCUUUGCGACAAUGACGUGUGCCAGUUCUAUGCAAUGGUCUCCGGGAUCAAAAAUUUACGGCAAUUUUGGAUGUUGUAAUGUUUGUGUUGGUGUGACUGGAAAGGAACGAUUACAUAUGGUUCACAUUAAUCUUUCAUCACGUUUUAUGAGACAGGAUGCUUGGAGUCUUCAUCUUUUAAGCGGUGUAUGUGGACCAAUAAAUCCUUUAUCUUCCAGGGGUAAUGUUUUUCUCUGCCGAUCUGUUUUAGUACGAGGUGGAGGAAAUGAGAUUCCUGUUCUGAAAUCUGCUGCUGUGGUUUUGACAAAGUCAUAUGAUACAUUGCGGGGAAACCCUGUAGUACUUCAGCUGAUCCCAGCAGCUGGGAUUAUUGCUUUUGCUGCAUGGGGUAUUGUGCCACUCGUGCGUCUGGGCAGGGUUAUAUUCCUCAAUAGGACUGAUAGUAGUUGGAAGAAAAGUAGUACACACUACGUUCUGACCUCUUAUCUUCAACCAUUGGUGCUAUGGACCGGAGCAACACUUGUCUGCAGGGCGUUAGAUCCAGUAGUUUUACCUUCAGAAGCAAGCCAGGCUGUUAAGCAACGGGUCUUGAAUUUUGUACAAUCAUUGUCAACAGUGCUAGCAUUUGCCUAUUGUUUAUCAAGCUUGAUCCAGCAGGCACAAAAAUACUUUCUGGAGACAAAUGAUUCUGAUUCCAGUGAGGCAAGAAAUGCAAGUUUCUUUACUUUUCCGAUGGGCUUCAAUUUUGCUGGGAAAGCUGUUUAUACUGCGGUAUGGGUUGCUGCUGUAUCCUUGUUCAUGGAGUUGCUUGGUUUCUCUACUCAGAGGUGGCUUACUGCUGGAGGUCUUGGUACAGUAUUGCUCACGCUUGCCGGUCGCGAGAUAUUUACGAACUUCCUUUCAAGUGUAAUGAUCCAUGCAACGCGGCCAUUUAUUGUCAAUGAAUGGAUCCAAACCAAGAUUGAAGGCUAUGAAGUUUCUGGCACUGUUGAGCAUGUGGGUUGGUGGUCACCGACAAUUAUAAGGGGAGAUGAUCGUGAAGCUGUUCACAUUCCAAAUCACAAGUUCACUGUUAGUGUGGUGAGGAAUCUUAGUCAGAAGAGUCAUUGGCGCAUCAAGACCCACCUUGCUAUCAGUCACUUGGAUGUCCAUAAAGUUAAUAUUAUUGUAGCUGAUAUGCGUAAAGUUUUGGCCAAAAAUCCUCAAGUAGAGCAGCAAAAGUUACACAGAAGAGUUUUCUUGGAAACUGUAAACCCAGAAAAUCAGGCUCUUAUGAUUCUGGUAUCUUGCUUCGUGAAAACUUCACACUUUGAAGAGUACCUCUGUGUUAAGGAAGCAAUACUUAUGGAUCUUCUCAGAGUUGUCAGCCAUCAUCAAGCCCGUCUGGCCACUCCCAUCCGCACAGUUCAAAAAAUUUACAGUGAGGCUGACUUGGAGAAUAUACCUUUUGCUGACACGAUUUUCUCACGUUCUAGAGCACCUGCUAAUCGCCCAUUUCUUCUCAUUGAACCUGCUUAUAAGAUCAGUGGUGAAGAGAAAGUUAAAGCUUCAACUCGUCCAGUGCAAAAUGAAGAAAAAGAUGCUAAGGUUGAAGCAGCCUCAACAUCUGGCUCCAAGGUAGAUUCAAAGGCUGGAUCAGAGUCAAUUCUUGAGACUAAUGGAGACAAGGUAGCAUCAACAGCUGCUUCCAAUGCCAGUACAAAGUCCCAAAGUGGGAAUGUGGUGCAGGAUAAUUCAGUUCAGAACAAGAAUGAAGAAGAGCCAAAUGAAAGCAUUGGAGAUGCAGGGAAGAAGACAGGGAAAGUAACUAGGCCGACUUUGGAAGAGAACAUUGUUCUUGGUGUUGCUCUAGAGGGCUCAAAAAGGACUCUUCCGAUUGAUGAUGAGUUGGCAGCAUCUUCUCUGUCUGCAGAGUCAAAAGAAUUGGCUGCCAGCCGCAAUGGGAGUGGAUCUCCGGCUGUUAGCAAAGAGAAGAAAGAUGGUCAGAUGCCGGCAGUUCCACGUCCUGGUGCCAAUCAAGCUGACUAGUAGGAUAGAAAUUAUGGAGAGAGGCUGUUUUCGAUUGGUGUUGUGCAGAAAUAUGCAUGCGGCUGUGUUUUUAAAGCUGGUGUACUACAGUUUGUACGUAUGUCAUCAAUCGACUGAUUGUAAUUAAUUGUUGAAACAAAAAUUUGGGCCGAUAGGGCUUAUUACUUGGGAUAUUAAUUUGGUAUAUCAAUUGUUACGGAGUUACAAAUUGCAAGUUAUGGAUACUUUAAUCGAA